GCGAGCGGCCGAUCCAGCGGCGACGCCCUGGCGAAGAGCGCGAUGCUCUCGCUCUUGCAGCUCGCGUCGCUGUUCGCCACCGGGCUCGUCACGCCCAGUCAGCUCACCACGCUCAUAUCAAGCUCGCUCCGGCCGUCCUCCUACCUCGCGACCAGCCCCGCCGCCGCCCGACGCGUCGCUGACGCGUGCGCCGAACUGGAGGCGACGGCGCCGCCGCCGCUCUGGCCCCGCGACCUUCGCAGGCUGGACGGGUCGUGGAGGCUGAUCUACUCAUCCGCCCUGGCCGGGCCGCAGCCGCCCUCGCCGCUCGACGGUCUGCCGGCGCCUCCCGCGGCGCUCCUCGCCGCCGUCGAGUCGGCGCCAUUCGCGCCUCUCGGCGGCGGUGUCCAGCAGAACGUCGACGUCUUCAAACGCCGCAUCGUCAACGUCGUCGAACUCUCGCCGUGGCCAACUGGAGCUCUCGGCGGCCUCCUCUCCUCCGCCCCCGGACCGCUCGGGCAGGCGAGCAAGCAGCUCCAGGCCGCUCGCGUGGUGCUCGAGCUCGACCACUCCUUCAGCGCGGACGGCGACGGCUCCGACGGCACUGGUCCAGCUCUCUCCGCCCCUCCUCGCGCCUGCUCUCCCCGUAUCUCCCCAUAUCUCCCCACAUCUCACCGCACCACGUCGCGCCACAUCUCCCCAUAUCUCCCCACAUCUCCCAUCGAGGCGAGCGGCGGCGGGCUCCACGAUCUCGCUCACGCUCGAGGAGGUGCGGCGAGCUACGGGGAGAUAUGGGGAGAUAUGGGGAGAUCACGCUCGAGGAGGUGCGGCGCGCAGGUGCCGCGGGCUUCGUCGUACUCCCUGCCUCCGCCGCUGCGGCCGCUGGCGUCGGGGAAGUUCGCGACGACGUACCUCAGCGGCAGCUUCCGCAUCUCGCGCGCCGUGCCGCCGCUGCCUUCGGCGCCGGCGGAGCUGCGUGUCUUCGUGAGGGAGGGCGGCGGCGACGAGGGUGCCACGUGGCAGGAGGAGGAGGACGCAAGGACGGCGGCGGCGGAGGAGGAGGCAGC